UUUUUCCACGUCCCAAUGGCCACCGUCGAGGUUGUAUCUGCUCAAACCGCAUUCCAGGAGGAGAAAUUUGAGGAAGUAGUGGCGGUCGAGGUUCAGAAGGAGCCCGCUGCUGCUAUUAUUACCACCACAGAAACUACCGACGACGACCCAAAGGAAGAAGAGGACAAGGAUGAAGAGGAGACAGCGGUCCUCGCUGAUAAGGAAGUUGCGGUGGCACCACUGCCGGCAGAAGAAGUUGAAGUAGAAGUCGUACUACUCGAGACUACUAAACAAGUUGUAGAAGGAGAAGAAGAAGAAGAAGUCAAAGUCAAAGAAGCUGCUGUCCCGGAGGAAAUUACUACUCCUACUCCAACUGAAGAGGAGGUCAAUGCAGAGGAGCCAGCCGCCGCACCGGAGCCGGGGGCGGCAGCGGAGGUCGAAGCCUCUAAAGUGGAAGAUGAGGAAGAGAAGAAGGUUGAUGAU